AUGACCGAGUCCAAAUUCUCCGACAGCUUCACUUUUCUACCCCAAGGCGGCAUCAUACAAGAGUUCAAAGUGGGUGGGCGGAACAUUGUCCUGGGCUUCCCCUCUGCAGCUUCCUACAAGACGAAAAACAACCCGUUCUUCGGCGAGAACAUUGGGAGGGUAGCAAACCGAAUCUCCAACGCGAAGAUUAACAACUUGAAUGGCAAGAGCUACGAUUUGCAUGCGAACAAUGGGCCGAAUACUCUGCAUGGAGGUAUUCAAGGAUGGAGCAAGAAGGACUGGGAUGGCCCAAGCCCGACAGAGCGGAACGGACGGGAUGCGGUCGUGUUCAAGUAUUUGAGCAAGGACGGCGAGGAAGGAUUCCCUGGGACUGUGGAGAUGAAGAUGUGGUAUUUUCCAUCUGUCGAGAAGGAAGAUGGCGUUGAGAAGACGAGUCUCGAGAUUGAGUACGAGGUUGAACUCGUGGGUGACGAAGUCGAGGAGACGGCUGUUGCUUUGACGAACCACAGCUACUUCAACAUCAGCGACGGUCCGACGCUGGAAGGCACACAAGCAACCCUAUCAACCAACCUCCACCAAGUCACAGACGCCAACAGCAUUCCAACCGGCGCGAUUGAACCCUACCCCGAAUUCGAAGCCAACAAAGAAUUCACUCUCGGUGCAAAGACGCCAGAUCCAGACCACUGCUUCGUCAUGAAAACCGACCCCGCUAGCGUCUCCAUCGACACGCGCCAAGACCCCAUGCAGAAACUGUGCUCCUUCUACCAUCCCAACACCAAGAUCCACCUCGAAGCCCUCAGCACCGAGCCAGCUUUCCAGUUCUACACCGGUCGGCAUCUCAAUGUGCCUGAGAUGGACGGGAUGCCGGCGAGAGGGCCAAGGAGCGGUAUGUGUCUCGAGGCGAGUCGCUAUGUCAACGCCAUCAACGACGAGAAGUGGAGACACACCGUCGUGCUCAAGAAGGGGCAGAAAUGGGGCAGUCGAACUAUCUACAGGGCGUGGGCUGCGUAG